ACUACCUCUUGUUUGUAACAGGGGUAACUACCUUAAUAAGAGAUGAUUUGUCUGUUGAGGAUGUUGUCAUUGCUGAAAGUCUGUUGAAUAAAUUUUGUAUGGUAUAUCCAAAGAUAUAUGGUGAUGUGUCACAAACAAUGAAUGUUCACUUGAUAAGACAUCUAGCAUACUUUGUUAGAAUGUAUGGACCACUUUUUGGAUACUCCUGCUUUGGAUUUGAAUCUAUGAACUCUUUUAUCAAACAGAUGGUGCACGGAACCUCCCACAUAAAUAAACAGGUUAGUUUUGCUGUCAGUAUGUCGAAGGCUUUGUCAGGCAUAGUGAAAAAUUUUCAAGAACAUGUUGAUGAUGUGAAGACAAAACAGUUAUUUGCCAAACUUGGUUCAAAAAUUGUUCAAGAAGAAAAAACACUGCCAAAAGGUUGCACUGCUUUAGGGAGGAAGGUUCAACUGAAAAACAACCACAGAUACUAUGCGUUGUUAGCAGAACACAUGCAGGAACAGUCUCCAAAACUCUUUUGGAGACUAUCAUUAGAUGGAAACACAUAUUAUUCAAAAGAUUACCAAAAUGCCAAAACUAGAAGUGAUUAUAUUGCAGUCUAUGUUUAUGGAAAUGAAGAGGGAAAAGGAAUCAUUUUAUCAUUUUUGGAAGCUGGGGAACUUUAUGCUAUUGUAAAGGAAAUAAUAACGGUGAAGUUUAGUCUGGAUGUACAGAUAAAGAGAGACAUCAAAAAUGAAAUUUUAAAGGAUCAGUUAGAUGUUUGUUUUUGCAAGCAUUUAGAGAGAAUUGAACAAUAUGGAGACAUUAGAAUUAUUCCAGCUGUUUGUAUGAAGAAGAAAUGUAUUCUAAUUGAUAUUAAUGAUCAGUUAUCUUUUAUUAGUUGUCCUCCAAAUACACUAGAGCAUAAUUAGGAAAGUGACAUUUUGUAAGACAUGUAUGGAACCUUUUAUGAAACAUAUAUACCUUUUGUAUCUUUUUUUCUAUAAUUUCUGAUCAAGUAGAAAGUUUACACACUUAAGUGUUAUUUUCCUCAUUCAUAAGUGUUUUAUGGAAAGAACAUAACACCCUGCUGUUUUUACAAUUUUUUAAUUAAUAAUUUAUAAUCAGUAUAUAAACUUGAAUUGCCAUUUUUCUUGUUUGCUCAGAAUGAUACUUAAGAUAAAUCUACAUAACACUAUUUUUAAUCCCAUAUAGCUAACUUAUUUGCCACCCUUUAACAAGCUUACAAUGUAUAUUAAAUUAAGUCAUAUUAUUGCUUUUUGUUCAAAUCCAUAUACAUAUAGAGAAAUUAAAGUUAACAAUUUAAUUUAUUUAUGUUAUAAUUAAUUCUUACACAAAGUGCCCUGAAUGGGUAAUUUUUUUAACAGAAUGAUAGUAAGAAUAGGUCUUCUUGCACGACUUGAUUCAGUAUGAUAUCAGUUUGUUACUACCAGGAAUAAUUGAAUUUAUAAUCAGAAUGAUUUUUUUUAGUUGCAAUUUUUUUGUGGAAAAUUCCACUGGAAAAAUAAAAUUGAUCAUGCAGAAUUAUUUAUUUGUUCUUCCAUUGGAAUUUCAUUGAAACGGAAUUUCAUUGGAAUUCUGUUGAGAUUCCAGAAGAUGCAUAUUUUUUUACAGUGGAAUUCCAUUGUAAUUCAUGAUUCCAAUGAAUGCCAGUGGAAUUCCAAUGGCACCAGUGGAAUUCCACUGAAUUCCUCUGAAAUCUCAAUGGAAUCCCAAUUAAAUUUUCA